AUGUGGUAUGCUCUACGCAACCUUGAACUCAAACAAGAGGGAGCCAACACCCACGCGACGGGUUCAGUCAAGGUUAAGCGUGGGUUUGUAUCGCCCAAUGCUGCUGCCCCGAUCGAGGCCCUCCGCGUCUCUGCUCCGCCGACCGACGGCGUUGUCGCUGUACGACCACACAACGCUGCACUGGAUUUAGAGGACGAUGGCGGGUUAAGCUCGGAGCCUUCAGAUGAGGAAGACGACACAGAAGAAGUCUCAGACUAUACCACCGCAGCAUCUUCACCGCCGACUCCGCCCACCCCUUCCGAAGAGAAGGCAGCCAUCAAGAAACUUCAGACUUCCGGGCCGAAGCCGGUCCCUCCCCGUCUCGCCCUCCCGGCAUCUAUGGGGACUUGGACGAAGUUCAGGCGGGCGUCGUCGUCGAAUAUUACUUUGUCGUCUGUGAUGACAAGUACUCCCAGCACCAGCACCCCCAGCACUCCGUCCGCUACCACGCCUUCGUCCUCAAACCUCGAUGUUGGCGCCCCGCCGGCUGGGAAAAGGAAGCGAUUCAGGAAGAACAAGACCCACGGGGAGUAUUACUUUGGCGCGUCGCAUGAUAUCGUUGGAAUCGUGAUGCGGGAGAUCCAUGGUGCAGACGACCUACCCAGGCUUGAGAAUGUGACGCGUACGGGGUGGGACAUAGACCCGUUUGUAGUCAUCUCCUUCGGCAAGAAGGUAUUCCGUACGCGCGUCAUUCGACACUCCCUCAACCCCGUUUGGGACAAGAAGCUUCUGUCCCAACUUUCCUCCAACAACCACGUCGGCGACGCCAACUUUGACGUCAGCGACUUGAUCGAAGGCCCGCCGCAACCAGAUCCCAAUACAGACCUUUACGCCGCGAUUGGGGCAGAGGGAUACCCGAUGAAGGAGUACAAAAUACCGCUCGCCGAAGCAGAGGAAUGGGACGUGGAAGGGGAAGUGAGACGAGCGAAGAGUUGA